UAAGGAAGUCAACAUGGCUGACACUGGUGUGACACUGGAUAGGUGAAAAACUUGGACCAUAAUAUUUACCUGCCCAUUGUUCUGAUCGUCAAUCAUGUGAAUCCCAAUGCAAUAGAAUGAAGAUACAUCAUGUUCUCUGCAACUGCAGCAGCCGAUCGACCUUUGUAUAGCUUCGAGUCGGAGGAAAAUGGACCGAAAUGGAAGGGUCUUCUUGUCAAUCCGCUGCAAAAGGUUCAGCGCCAGGUGCAUCCAUCCCUGACAGCCCGGGACGAUGCCCUUGAGUAUAUCGAACACCUCAUCCUGCAGCUGCUGGGCAUGCUCUGCGCCUCCCAGCCUCACAUGGUACAAGAUGUCGAGGACAGGGUCCAGAAGACGUUCCCUAACCCCAUCGAUAAGUGGGCGAUUGGGGACGCGCAGAAUGCCCUGGAGAAAGGCAAGAAGAAGGCUCCGUUGGUGCUGCCAGUUGAUAAGAUCCACCCCCUCCUUGUAAAGGAGGUGCUUGGUUACAAGAUUGACAUGCAGGUGUCGCUGUACAUUGUGGCUGUCCUCGAAUAUAUUGCAGCUGAUAUACUCAAGCUGACUGGUAACUAUGUGAAGAAUAUUCGCCACACAGAGAUCUCAUGUCAGGACAUCAAGGUGGCCAUGAAUGCAGACAAGGUGCUCAUGGAAAUGUUCUCACCUGGGGAUGAGGUGUCACUCAGUCUGACGGAGGAGCCACAACGACGAGUCUCGCUCACUUACGAGGAAAUGGUCAAGGAUUUGGUUCUAGAGGAAGACCAGUAUAUUAGAGACUUAAAUAUGAUUAUAAAAGUAUUCCGUCAGCCUUUUGCUAAACUAUUUCCGCGGUCUAAAGACCUCGAAGUGAUCUAUAGUAAUGUGUUAGACAUUCGACGACUGACCUUGAACUUGGUGAGUUCAUUAGAGGACACUAUUGAAAUGACGGAGGAGAGUGAGGUGCCACUGAUUGGAGCUUGCUUUGAGGAGUUGGCUGAGGGCGAGGAGUUUGAUAUCUAUGUCAAAUUUGCUGAGGAUAUGCUGAAGCCAUACAGUCGAGAGAGAUUGAACGUACUUCUGCUGCGGGAUGAUGUAACAAAAGUAUUACAGACUUCUGGUCAGGGUUUUAAAGAUGCUGUAAAGUAUGUGCUGCCAAAACUUCUUCUGGGUCCUAUAUAUCAUUGUUUCCAUUACCUGGAUGUGAUUAAGUUAUUGAUGGAUACGACGUCGAAUGAAGAUGAUAAAUUCAGUCUGAUGGAGGCAUAUGGGGCAUUGCAACAACUCAAAUCAGACAUGGAACGGCGGUGUACAGGGCUGCCCAAGAAACGUCCUGCAGAGACCUCGUUAUCGUUUCACAAUCAUAUGGGCCGACCGGCCGCACUGACAAAAAUGAACGAAUUACAGAAAUCCAUUGACGGAUGGGAGGGCAAGCAUAUCGGGGAGAGUUGUAAUGAGUUCAUUAUGGAGGGUUUAUUGAAUAAAUAUGCGGGGAAGAAAGCAACGGAACGCCAUGUCUUCUUGUUUGAUGGUUUGAUCAUCUUGUGUAAACAAAACACACGGCGGUCGUCCGUGACAGGAACGGUUGGUGAAUACAGGCUAAAAGAGAAGUUCCUCGUCCGGAAAGUGGAGAUUGUGGACAAGGAGGAUACUGAUGAGUUGAAGCAUGCAUUUGAAAUCCAGGCGCGUGAUCACGGGAACAUGAUCCUGUCCGCCAAGAAUGCCGAGGAGAAGAACAACUGGAUGGCGGCACUAGUCUCACUCCAGACAAGAAGUAUGUUGGAGCGCAUGCUCGACGGUAUACUCCAAGAAGAAGAGAGACAACAGCCGUUGAAGUUGCCAAACCCAGAGCAGUACAGAUUCGCAAAAGAUGAUACUGAAGGGAAUAUCGUCUUUGAAGACAAUUGUGAUGCUUACGAGGCCCCGCUGAUCCGAGGGGGCACCCUACUCAAACUGGUUGAACGACUAACAUAUCAUAAGUACUUUGACCCGAACUUUGUGCGGACAUUCCUCACGACUUACCGGUCAUUCUGCUCACCACAGGAAUUGCUCGAUCUCCUCAUUGAAAGAUUCAAUAUCCCGGAGGUGCAUGUUGAGACUGUUCCGGCAGAUGAAGAUGAGGAGAUAGCUAGAAAUCGUGAUGAUCUCAAACGGUUCAGACAGGUUUAUAGCAAACCUAUCAAAUUUAGGGUGUUAAAUGUGUUCCGGCAGUGGAUAGACAAACAUUUCUAUGACUUUGAACGUGACAAGGACCUGCUGGCGAUGCUACUGUCUUUCCUGGACACGGUCAAGGGCAAGGCGAUGAAGAAGGGCGUAGACUCAAUCAUGCGCCACAUCAAGAAGAAGGAAGAAAGUGCCAACGAAGAGAUCAAAUUGAUGCACAUCAAGUCCCCGCCACCUAUUGAGUGGCAUCUAACCAAGGAGGCGGACCAGUUUGACUUGAUGACGCUUCAUCCCAUUGAGAUUGCCCGCCAGGUGACAUUACUGGAGUUUGACUUGUACCGUGCCGUCAAGCCUUCGGAGUUGGUGGGGAGUGUGUGGAUCAAGAAAGAUAAAAUGGAGAAAUCGCCAAACUUACUCAAGAUGAUCCACCAUUCGACAGUGUUCACAUUUUGGUUAGAGAAGUGUAUAAUAGAAGCUGAGAAUAUUGAAGAACGUGGUGCUGUGAUGUCUCGAAUUCUUGAAAUCAUGCUGGUCUUUCAGGACCUGAACAAUUUCAAUGGUGUGCUAGAGGUUGUAAGUGCUUUCAACUCUGCUCCAGUGUUUCGCCUAGAGCACACUUUUGAGGAGGUGCCUCAUAAGUUCAUCAAGGCUUUUGAUGAGGCCAAGGAACUCAACGCUGAUCACUUUAAGAAGUACAUAGAAAAACUGAGGUCAAUCAAUCCUCCAUGUGUGCCAUUCUUAGGAAUGUACUUGACGAACAUUUUGCUGACCGAAGAAGGUAAUCUGGAUUUUCUGUCCAACAGACCAGGCAUCAUUAACUUCAGUAAGCGAAGGAAAGUGGCCGAGAUCACUGGUGAAAUCCAACAAUAUCAGAACACGCCGUAUUGUCUAAAUCCCGACAGUGACAUUAGGAAUUUCAUAGAGAACCUGGAUCCACUUGAUGGUAUGACAGAGAAGGAAUUCAAUGAUUAUAUUUACGACAAGUCAUUAGAGAUAGAGCCACGGAACCUUAAACAACCACCAAAGUUUCCUAGGAAGACAGAUUAUAACCUCAAAUCCCCAGGGGUCAAACCAAGUACGCGGCACACUCAAACUCGUAGCCAUCCAAUCCCAUUACCUGACUGCAAGGUUGCCAACCAACGACUGACCGACGAUGAUGUUGAUGCGGCCUCAAGUCGGGGUGCCACUCCUCCAACGCCGAGCACACCAAUAUCUCCGACUCACACCAAUUCAGGAACAAGUGAUAACAGUGUCUUUGCCAAUGUUCUAAUUAACCCAGGACCUGGUUCAAGCUAUGGUGGAAGCAGUAUGAGCAUCGCCAGCACCAAUACGCUAACAUCAUCAUUGAGUUUAAACCACGGGCCACCAUUAGUCUUGAGGAGUCUAAAUGAUUCGGCAAGCAGCGGUUACGGUUCCACAAGUACUAUCCAAUCAGAGUAUGUGGAACCCCCUCCGGUACCCCCAAGGAAGAAACGGGAAUCCUCCGCAGGGGAUAUAUUGCCAAGUUUGGGUGGAAUUGGAUUACCGCCUGCAGUCCCGCCGAGAGACGCUUCAUCGCGGGACUGUGUUGAGCCAGCACCCCCUGUGCCACCACGUCGUGAGUUUAGUCAUGGCACGCUCCCCAGAGCAAACAGUAUGUCAUUACCUAGACAAACACAGCCAUCUAGUUCGACUUUACCUAGGAGGAACUCUGACCGAGACCACCUUAGUAUAAACGGGGAUGGCUCUGAACGCAUCCCUAAAGUUCCACCCAAGACUUAUAAAUUAACACAAGACCGUGUUCAACGGAGAUAGUGAAGUGUUGAUUUGUUGCUUCCAUUGUUUCUGUGCUGUAGGGGUUUGAUGGAAUAUGCGCAUCUGCUCGGAUCCAGCCAUUUGUUUACCUCAUACUGCACGUAUGUGCUAGAGCCUCUCCGUCGUUGAGAUCACAGUAUUACUACACGCUCUUUACAUUUAUGUUAUUAAUGUGUGUGUGGACACAGUGUAUGGUUCAACAUGCAGCAAAAGCUAAAGCAAUGUGUAGAAGAAUGCGGACAUUUGGUAGAUUGUGGAAGAUUUCCUCGAUGACGUACCAACACUGUGCCUCCAGUUGGUCAAACUAGGACUUCAGGUCUAUGAAAUCAGUAAUAAAGAUGUAAUUCGGAGGUUUUUGCAAAUUUCCAGGUUUUUAUUUAGGGGCAAGAUUUAGUGUGAAGCUUUUAAAGGGUCAAACAAGACUAGGGGUUGGAGGUGGGUCAAGAUAAUCGGGCUGCAUGUUGAACUGCAAAAUACUUAUCAGGUCACUUAGCUACGUGUACAUGUAUGCUCGUACUGGGAGUUGGAUGUACAGCAUUGUCAACAGGGGGAGUGUUACACAAAGUAAAAUGAAAUUAUUUGACCAGACAUUCAAUGUGAUGUGAUGACACAAACUGAAGUUGGGAUGUUUGAUAUAAGUUAAUUUUACAAAAACCUUGCUAGAAUUUUUUGAAUUUAUUGAAAAUGAUAUUGAAAUGUGUCUACAGGUGAUUUGGCCGAUUCGAUUAUUUCAAAUACAUAAUUGUAAAUAAAGAAGGUCUUUACAAUUUCUCACUGAAUUUUAGCUGUAGUCAUGUUGAACAUGCUAUGGGCCGCGGCAGAAAGAGGUUUUACUUUAAUAAUGUAGGUCCUCUUGUGCACCUGGGCCAACACAACAUGUUGACGUCAAGUGCUUGCUUGGCUGGCCGAAGCCUCACACUGCCUUCGUCCUAUACCAUCAUGGCCUGAAAUCCAAGAUGGUGACUGCUGUCGGCAGUAAAUGGGCUUUCUUAACCAUUUGAAUAAGUUUUCCUUGGCACAUUUCAUAAGGUCUCAACAAUUGUUCAAUAAAAUCAGAACAAACCGGGUAAUGUUUGCAAUGCCAAAAGUUUGCGAAUUGGCUCAUUUUUCAUUUGGCGAGGACUUUAUUCUGUGUUUGUUGCAGAAAUUCAAUGGUUAAUGCAUUAGAGAUGAGAUUUUUGUUUUAAUUUGCCUCCAAAAUCGCAAAAGUCAGCGCACACAUUACCCAGUUUACAGUAAUCUUUGAAGAGAUAUGAAUCGUAGCUCCAGGUCAUUUGUUAGUUUGCGGCCAUGCGUUAAAAAGUGCUAAUAUGAGUAGUGCUGCCUCGGCUAAAACUACAGUGACAUCACAUGACUAAAAUUAUACUUAAAGAUUGAACACUAUUCUACUAAAUGUAUCUGGACUAAAAAUGAGUUCAGGUUUAGUUUUAAUGCUUAGUUCAGUGCGUCACUGCAAUUUUGGCAGAUAAUCUGUUUAGCGCUCUAUAUUUGGGAUACUGUCUGCUUCGAAUUAUUUACAGAAUACAUUGACAAGAAGCUCGUACAUGAAGCAUAAAAAUCCUAACAGGGGGGGUUAAAGUGAUGGUUGAACGACUCAAAUAUUAAGCGCUGCUGACAGUGUAGGAAAAUGGUGUUUGUAAAUUGGCAAACAAUCUACAUGAAGUUGUCCUGAAGGAUCUGUGUCCAGAACUUUACAACGAUCAGAUAGAUUUUUCACCUCAUGACUUGGAAUUGUUGGUUAGGAAUGAUGUUUAGUUUUAAGUUGAUGUAUCGCUUUGAUACAUUUUGAUACAUGAUUAGUUUCAUGCAGUGGUUCUGUCUGGGCAGUGAAUCUCCUACAAUCCGGUGUUAUUUUAUCUCGGGAGAUGCACUGCCCCAACACAGCUCACAUGAAAUAAGUUUAAUGGUAUUAUGUAUGUGAAAAUGAUCACUUGAACAUGUUAAAUACUGUCUUUUUGUAAUGCUACAGGUUUAAGAUAGCCUUUAUACAAGUGUCCCACUGCAUCCAUGUCAGUUGGGCACUUUAUCCAUCCUGGUACGUUAUCCUCCUGCCCCUCAGUUUUAAAGUCCUAAUCUGUUCAUUCAAAAAUUUGAAGAAAAUUGAACUUAAAUGUGUUCAAUUGUGUAAAUAUCUAAUGAAUUCAAAUUUCAACAGUACCGUUGUCUAGACUAACAUGCCAAGUUUCAGCAAAUUUGCAGGUACAAUAACUCACUGCACUCCGGCAAUGUUUAUUUCUAUUUGCCCGAGCUCAAGAAAAUACAAUGAAGUUUUACGGCGUAGGCAUCAAAAAGGCUACAAGGUUUGGUCUGUUGGUGCUGCCUGUAGGAAUUGUGUACACUAGGUUUUCCUGCUGGCCUCAAUAUAAACAAAUUCCUGUACUGUCCUCAUCUUUAAGUCUUUAUUCCUGUUUACCAUAGAUGCCGGAUUGUUCCUACAAUGCAAGAUGCUUCAGCUUGUUCAAUGUACAGAGAAAUUAAACUUGUAGUGGAUCACUACCCGUUCCGUUGGAACACUGGAUGGAUAUGUUGUAUUCUGUUGUAAAAUGACACAAUACAGCGCUGCCAUCAAAGGAAUAUUAGUUUACACCAUUCAUUUCUCAUUACGUUUUACGAGCUUGGCAGGCAAACUUCUAGAGAUCUUACCUACCUGUUACUCUAUAGACUCAAAUACGUGAAGAAGUUAAAUCAUGGUCACAGCCGCAACAGAUUGAUGUGAAAGUGGUUCUCAUUUUGUUCUUAAAAGAGAUGGCAGGUGUGGUUGAGUGCCACAACCUCUUUUAAGAGCUGCAUGAAGCUGUAACAAUGGAAUGAUUGUUCGAAGCAGGUGACAUGAAAAUUCAUAAAAGGACGAGUUUUUGGUCACAUCAGAGACCUUUUUUUAAGUAAUAGGUCAUAAGUAACAUGUAAGUCACAAACUUCCCUUCAGUUCAUUUCAGUCAAGUAGAGGGGUGAACUGGGCACCAAGGUAUUUCAUUGCAGUUUUGAACAACCCAUCUGUGGAGGUUCCCCUCUUUGAUCAUGUUCAAGUCUGAUCUCCCAUGGCCAUGUAUAAAUGACGCAUCUUGAAAGUUAAUCCAGAAUUUCUGUUAAUUGUAAUGUUUUUGUUAGCAGACCUGGUGUUAGACUGGGUUUACAUAGAAAUUCACUUUUCACAUUACAUGGUUCACGUGUGAACAGGAAAAUGGUGACAUCUGCGAUACGUUGACACCACAUUUCGCGAACGCUGGGUCGGCUGGGGUCAUCCGUCUUAACAUGCUUAAGUGGUUGGGCUUAUUCAAGCUAAUGAGUGACAUCUCCUCGGGUUUGAAGAGUUUCAUCUUGUAGAUUGGUUGCCAACCUGGGCUAAGGAGGCCAGUUUACCCAUAACAGAAGAAUGAACUAGUGAUUUUCUAAGUGCAGGCUCCAUUCUUGAGUCAGUUUUAAUGGGUCAUGUUCAAAUCAAGGAACAAACAUAAUUAUGUAGACAGACCAAGUUAAGAGGAAUCGUGUCACAUGAAAAGAUAACUUCUAUGUAAACUUCAUCUGAAACAACUCUAUGUUGUCACCAUUGUCUUCAUCUUUGUUGUUACCACUCUUUGGUUUACUGUUAUGUUCUUUUUGUAAUGUCAACUUGGGUUAGGGUCUGGCUGUACAAUGAAAAUGGGGCCGAUUUCGCCAAUGGUCCAGUCAGACCACUUUGGACACUUACACUUAAUGCACGUAUUGAAAAAACUGAAUACUUCAUGCAUAUCUAAUUUGUAUUUUUAGCCCUGAUACACAUUUUGACAUUAAGGGAGGGGAGGUUAAUCACCAAGCAACUGGUGUUUUCGGCCGAGCAAUGUAGGGGGAUACAAUGGGGG